CACAGGGGCACGUGUUCGCAUACAGUACAUGGGCUGUUUUCCGUAUAUUUUCUGGUCGGGUGCGCGGCAGAGCGCGCGGGCUGUGCGAGGGGCGCGCGGGGCAGGUCGCCGGCAGAUGCGCCGCACAGCGCCAUCUCUCGGGGCCCGUCGCGCCACGCGCCAGGUGCGCGCUGCCCGCACCGCGGCCGCCGCCCGCCCUCAGUCCGCCGUCACGCGCCGCCGCGACAACACGUUAUUAAGGCCUCUGUACGCCACUACACGCGACGCGCGCGUUUCGAACGUAGUGAACGAUCUCGCGACCGGUUCGCCGGAGCCCAUGAGCGACUAGUGACAUCUCGAUACUUGUGCUGUGUGACUUGCAGUGAAACGCUCAGUGCAUACAUGUGCAAGUGAUGGAUUACUGCGGAUCUACCUUCGAGUGCUGACGACCGGGUACGGUCCCGACGUAUGCCCCGGCGCCGCUAGCCCGGACGCGCCAGCAUGCGCGCCCCCGCGGUGCUCAUCGCCCUGCUAGGGUUUCUACCCCAGUACACACAGCGACGAAACAUCGAAAAAGAUAAGCGCCUUUUAAAAUAUAGUCUAAACAACAUCAAUCAGAUAGUCAGCGCGUCAAAUCCGCCCGAAGACAUAAUAAAAUUUAACUUAUUCGGUAGUCCGGUGCUGACGUCUGGUUCCUUCGAACUUAGGAUAAAAAGUUUUACGAACUCAUUGGGUAGGUUAAGUAGUGGGCAGUGCUGUGAUGGUUCCUCAAAUAGUGACGCGCCGUGUUUGGCGCCGUGCAGGACUAAAUUCCGAGUGUGCCUCAAGAUAUAUCAAGCUAAUAUCGACACAACGUCACCGUGUACCUUCGGUGACAUUACAACGCCUGUGUUGGGCGGCAACUCAUUGGAUGUGCCCAACCUCCACGUGGAAGGAUUUAGCAAUCCCAUCGUGUUCCCCUUCGACUUCACAUGGCCGGGCACAUUCACGCUUAUUGUGGAAGCUUGGCACGACACCAAUGAGACGUCGAGAUCUGAUGAUACCCUUAUCGCGCGAAUGACGAAACAAAGCGUUGCGGAUGUGGGGGGCCCGUGGAUAGAAGAAGAACAACGGUGGGGUGGAGCCGGCUCUGCUCAUCUGAAGCUGUCGUACAGGGUGACUUGUGCUGCUCAUUACUACGGCGCAGGGUGCGAGGUGCUGUGCAGGCCGAGAGACGAUGCCUUCGGACAUUACACCUGUUCGCCAUCAGGAGGCAUCGUCUGCAAGGCUGGCUGGACCGGAGACUAUUGCUCGAAACCGCGGUGCUUGCCCGGCUGCGACGCGGAGCACGGCCACUGCCUCAAGCCCGACGAAUGCAUUUGUCAUUCGGGCUGGGUGGGCGAGCUGUGCGACCAGUGCGAGCGACACCCGGGCUGCGUGCACGGCACCUGCCUGCGGCCCUGGGACUGCAACUGCGAGGAGGGCUGGGGCGGACUGUUCUGCAACCAGGACCUCAACUACUGCACCAACCACCGCCCCUGUCGCAACGGCGGCACCUGCCACAACACCGGCCAGGGCAGCUACACCUGCAUGUGCCCGCCCGAGUACACCGGGCCAGACUGCGAGAAGUCGCUGCACUCCUGCGCAGUGCGGCCCUGUCUCAAUGGGGGCGCCUGCGUGCCCGACGAGGGCGGCGAGCUGGCGUGCGCCUGUCCGCAGGGGUAUGAGGGCGCGCGCUGCGAGACCCGGCGCCUGACGUGCGCGGACCGACCCUGUCGCAACGGUGGCGUGUGCGAGCCGCGCGGGGCUGGCUACGUGUGCGAGUGUCCCGUGGGCUACGCUGGGACGGACUGUGCGCUCGAGGCUGACCCGUGCGCCGCGGGGCCUUGUCGCAACGGGGCCACCUGCUCGCGCGCUGGCGACGGCUUCAAGUGCACCUGCCGUGCUGGCUUCCGUGGAAAUCGCUGUGAGAUUGACAUCGACGACUGCGCGGGUAUCAUGUGUGAACACGGUGGCACCUGCGUCGACCUCGUUAACGGACAGCGGUGUCAGUGCGCACCCGGCUUCGUGGGCUCGCGCUGCGAGACCAGAGUGGACCUAUGCCUCGCUAAACCCUGCGCGAACGGUGGCGAAUGUAAGAUCCUCGACAAUGACUAUCAGUGUCGGUGUAGACCUGGAUUCGCUGGCAAGGACUGCAGCAUCGACAUCGACGAGUGCUCAUCUUCACCGUGUCGGAACGGAGGCACCUGUAGAGACCGAGUGGACGGCUACCACUGCUCGUGUCCCCCGGGCUGGGGCGGUAAGUCGUGCACCGUGUCGCUGGCGGAGCUCGUGUCCAAGCAGGCGGGGGGACAUCAGCGGCGGGUGGGGGACGAGGGGGGCGAGGAGGCGCUAUCAGGGCAACAGGUGGCGUGGAUCGCGUCCGUGACGGCCGCAGUGCCGCUGGCGGCGCUGGCCGCCGUGCUGGCCAUCGUGUGCCUGCGCCGGCGCCGCGCGCGAGCCCUGCGCGCCGCGGACGCGGAGGCGCGCGCGCAGAACGCGGCCAACGCGGGCGGGCACGUCAUCCGCAACACGUGGGGCAAGUGCGACGCGCCGGCGCCGGAGUGCCAGAACGCGCACAACGCGGCGGCCGAGGAGUGCAAGCGCAAGACUCUCAACACAGAGAGCGCGCGCCUGCUGGCCGCGCUGGACCCGCGACUGUCGCGGCUCUCCGCGGACUCCGCCUACUGCGCUAAUAGAUGA